AUGGCUCUCGCUCCUUUUUUCAUGUCUUCAACCUCUAUCCUUCUUUUGUCACCGCUAGUUAUUGCCUCCGCUACCGAUUUUGGAUAUGCUCCAAAACCGGACUACGGUCAACCAAAACCGCAAGAUUAUAAACCUCUCCCCACAGAACAACCAGACUAUGGGACACCAAAACCCCAAGGAAAUUACGAUAAGCCUAGUCUUCCCACAAAACCAGAAGACUAUGAUGAUCAGCAGCCAAAACCUGAUCAGGGAAAUAAUAAGCUGCCUAGUCUUCCCACAAAGCCUGAUUAUGAGAAGCAAGAUUCAAAAGAAAAGGAUGAGCUCCUUGCGAAAGUCAUCGGUAUUCAAGGGCUUGUUUUAUGUAGAUUAGGCACCAAGUACGUUCCACUUAAAGCCUCUCUGCUUCUGGUGAUGAUCUCCUCCCUGGUACUGGUGAUUAAUGCAUCUGCAAGCGGUGAAGGGUACAGCCCAAAAUACGACGUUGAGAAAACAAAUAUAGGAAAAGAUGGCCUGCUUUCCACCAUUAUAGCCAUCCAAGGGCUUGUUUACUGCAAAUCCGGCUCUAAUAAUCUCAUCCCACUUGAAGGAGCUGUGACAAGGAUAACAUGUCUAGCUGUGGAUGAGCGAGGGUUCGAGACUGCGCCUUUUACCUUCUUAAGUAAUGCUUGUAAUCCAAAGGGUUACUUCUUUGCAACAUUGUCUCCUGCAGAGGUCCAAGAUGGUAGGAAGCUUAAGGAGUGCAGGGCUUUCCUUGAGCUCUCUCCUUCGGAUACUUGUAACUUCCCCACAGACGUAAACAAAGGGAUCGCUGGUGCUCUUCUUGGAUCUUUUCGUCUGCUUGAAGACAAGAAGAUGAAACUGUACACUGUUGGGCCUUUCUUUUUCACUCCAGAGCCAAAUUCUGAUUCAGAUGGUUUCUAA